UGCCGGAGCCUCUGCUGGCUGGUGGUGAGCAAAGUGAAAAUAUGCCUUGCUAGAGGGACCAUUUGGUGACACGAAGAAAGGCAGAAGUCAAAAUGAAGAAGCAUCACUCUGUGCAGGGGACUAUUAGCAGACUCUUUGGGAAAAAACAUAGCAGCAGCAGCAACAGUUCCACCACCUCCCUCUACGUCACCAAUCCCCCCUGGAUCUUCACACAGGAGGUCGCUUCAGACAGCCUGGCACGUUCUGGUGAUGCAGAAGGCAUCUACCAUGGGGAUAAUCGCUUUGGGACAGUAACAGAUUCUGGAACAGCAACACUUAAGCCACGGCCAAGAGUCCGACCUCUGCUGACUUUCUUACCACUUAAUGCUCAAGAAGCACAUGGAGUAGCUGUUCCAACACCAUCUGUGCCAAAAGGCUUUGAAGAGAAAGCAGCUCCGGGGCUUGGUUCUCAAAUCAAUGGUGGUUACAGAAAAUACAAUUCAGUUGUUGAUCUGAGACCUAAGGCAUUUGAAGAUGACUACUUGGCUGAUGAUGAGAUACCACCGCCACCAUCAGUACCUCCUCCUCCACCACCACCAUCAGUACCUCCUCCUCCUCCACCACCACUGCCAUCUUCCAUUGACCUACCAGCACCUCCAACUUCAGUGGAAGGUCCAUUCCUACCUUCAUUGGAAGUUCCACCUCCACCUCCAGUGCCUCCUCCACCCCCACCCCCACCAGCAAUGUCAGCUCCUUCUCUUUCAUCAUUGGCUCCGCCUUCAUACCCAUAUUCUAAUUUGUCUUCUCCUACCACUCCUUCUCCACCAGACUUCAUUCCUCCUCCUCCUCUAGCUUUUAUGGAUAGUGUAGCCUCUCCUACAACUCAGUUUCCAGCACCAUGUCAUACUCCACCUCUUUCAAAUGGUGUCUACAAAUGGAAAUCUGAGUGUGUUCUAAAUCUGAGGGAGCCAUAUGAUGGCUCUCACAAUCCAGAUUUGACUGUUCCACCCAGCCCUACCCAAACCAGCCCAGAUCCUCACCAAACUUUCCCUAGGUCAUUAAAAGUACCUCCCCCAACCCCUGUGAGAUCAUCAUCUAUUCCUUCAGGAGACAAAGAACCAAGUCCAAGAGAUGAACAGGCUCCUAAGAUUGUUCCUCACAGCCGACCUGCAUUGCCACCUAACUGUACAAUCCGGACUGCAGCCACAGUUCACUUAGAGGGAGAAGCUGGACAGAAAACUCCUCUGGAAAAACAAAUGAUGGAAAAACCUGUAUUCAUCACCGAACCUGGGACUCCAAAACCAACACCAAAGUACAAUGGCUUUUCUGCCUCCCCAUUGAAACAUGAGGUACAAAAAGAACUGGUGUCACAACAGGCAAUAUUGAAAGACUGUUCUCAAAAACCAGUGACUCCACAUGCAGAAGAACCAGAGCUUCCUUCUCCAGACUGGGCACCCUCUGAUGAUGAAGAAUGGAAGGAACGCAGCAAUCUGGACAAACUGAAGCAUGAACUGUCAGCCCUGCUGUCCUCGUCCUACAGAAAGGAAGACAGACAGCUGGAGAAAGCUGUAGUUCCCAAGAGUAAAGCCAGCAUUACUGAUAGUGGCCAAGUUAGUUUAGAAGAAUUAAAACAAGCUAAGCCUUCCAUAACUAGCCCACAAUCACCUGCAGGGCCAGACAGUGAGAGGAAAGAAAAAAUAUCAGGCAAUGCACCAUCUGCAGGCAGAGUUUUGACGGAUAACAUUAACUCAAAUCCAGAUAAUAAAUCUACCAGCAUGCAAGUGAAUUGUGUUCUGAAAUUCAAAAAUGAAUUGGAAGCUUUGUUGUCUCCAACCAAGGAUGGGGGACCACCCUUGGCUCUUGCCAAUCUGAAGCACAACCCAGAACCAAAGAAACAAAUUACUCUUCAAUUUGGUGGCAGCGAGUCCAAGACUCCAAAACCCACAAUAAAUCAAAAUACACCAAUAUCUGAAGUGACAGAAAAAGAGCCUGAGAUUUCUAGUGCUUCUACAAAUAAUUCCCCAGCUGAAAACAUUUGUAAGCCCCCAGCCUCCCCUCUGAAACUCAAGCCUGAACUCUUGGUUCCAGCUGCAUCUUUGUCAGCCUCUUCUGGAACUGCCUCACCUGUUCGACCUUUCAGCAUGGACCUUUCUCACCUACAGUACAAGACACAUAGGACAAGAUUUGCCUCCACUGAUAGCCUGUCCUCUGUGACUUCUUCUCAAACUGCAGAAGAUGGAGCUAUCAACACAAAUAAUAAUGAAAACCAAAGAGACUCUAUUAACCACAGGUAUUCAGAGACACCAGCAGUCAUCAGGAACUCAGAGCAACUGAACAGUAAUGUUUUGAUCCAUCCUGUAACAGGAGAGGAAGUUGAGAGAGGCUCCCCUAUGGCUCUUCUCUUAGCUGCACAACAGCGGGCCCAAAGAGGCAGGCGUUCUGCCUCAGCUUCACGACAAAACAGUUCUUCAUCUGAGAGGCCUCAGUUCAAAUUAUCAGAAAAGCUGCUCAACAGCAGCCAAUCAGAGACUAUGUCAUCCACCAUUUAUUACAAUGAUUCCAAGCCUAACACUGUCAGGGUUGUUCCAAAGGGCUCUCAAAGGGAAUCCCUUGCAGCCUCAGAAAGUAGGCAGUCUAAUGGAGUAAGUCCAUCUGAUAAUAAGGUUUGGGGCUUUUCUGACUUAGGGCAGAAAGAACAUAAGCUACAGUUGUUCUCCAGCACCUCAGAACAGUCCAGGGAUUUGCACACAUUCAGGGAGAGCGAAUCUCAGAAUCUUCCUCCAUCAAAUGAGUGUCAUGGUUCCGUUUUGGUUCCAGAACGCUUGGAGUCCAGUCACAUUAAGCAGCAGGGCUCUUCCAGCAUGUCUGACACUCCCCUCUGCUCUCUUACUCAAUCCCAAAUCCACACCAGUAACAAUGAGGUAGAAGGUGGCUUCAGUUAUGAAAUAAUUCCGCCUCCACCAGAGUUUAGCAAUGAUGACUGUGGAGUCACAGAAGUUUCUUCAAAGGGGGAAAGGAUGCCCAAAGACUUCCACACCUCAGUAGAUGAUCAAGCUUCAGAUGAACAAGUCCAUUUCAAUAAUUCAAGCUAUACCUAUGGCAACAGCUAUUCCCGCAAAUCGAAGCCUGCUUUAGAAAACAGUGGGCGGCCUAGUGGAUAUAGUCACCAUUACUUAGGUGGAAGUUACCCUGCUAGCUACCUCAGUUCCUACUCUGAUAGCCGCCCUCUGAUUAAGAAGCGCCUUUAUGUGUCAGAGCCUGAUGGAUCGUAUGACAGACAAGCCAUUUCCACUCGCAUUGUAAACACACCCAGUUCCUACUCCCACAAUACAAUGACAUACAGUUCCCAGUUCAUGGACGGAAUGCGCCGGAACUCUACUCAUAGAAACAGCAAUGCACAGGGCAGGAGGAUGUCACUGGAAGUGCCUGGGAAAAUGGUGACUUAUAAUAAUGCUGCCAGUGAUGCCAAGUAUAAAGGGCAGAAUGGAGAGUAUUCUACCAGUACUGGCAGACCUUCCCAUGAAAAUCUACACUAUGGUGGGACUGCAAAUACAUUUACAGUCAGGCCUGGAACAAGACAGCCCAUUUCUUAUGCAUACCAAGGAGGUCUUCGAUAAGGAGUAAACUCUGCUGUUUCACACGCAGCUUGGACAAUGCAUCACAGAACUCUUCUCCUAAGCUUUGCAGGGUCUCUUCCUUAAGUAGUUCUUUAGGGAGAUACAAGAGCCUGCAAAGAGGUCUCCAGUUUUCCCAGUACCUUCUUGUCAAUAGAACUGUUGUAAGUUAUUGGGGCGAAGGGUAAGUCUUCUGAACUGAUAGCCUGCUUCUAAAGUCUUCUACGCAUUAUGAGUUCUGAGGCAAGUGACAGCAUGCACUGAUUCAUCAGGACCAAUUACUUAAUUUAUAUGCUUUAAGCAAUUAAGCUUCCUUGUGUCUAGGGCUAGCUAACAGGUUACUUACCUGUAUGCAACAUUCUUGCAUCGCCUUCGUAAAUGUGCUUCACUUAUUCCAAAAAUAGAGCAAAGGAAGACUGGACAUCCUAAUCUCAGGCAAGGGACGGACAAGGGAGAGUCCAGCAACAGAAAAGUGUCUAGUACAGGGUCCAGGAUGAGAUGGACAGCUGAGGGACAUCAGCCAAUUAAAACACAAAACUGAAUCCUAGAAAAUCCCAGUGUGAGGAAACUGAUAGCACAGCUAUGAGAAUGGAGAAGGGUUAAGGUACAGGUCAGGCAGAAUAGAUGAAGGGGACAAGGGUUGCCUACAUUUUGGAUCAUUUGAGUUUUUAAAAUGAUAAAUUAUUAUACAAAAAACAAUUUAGCAGCUGAAACCUGGUUGUAUAGGCCAGGACUUGACUAAUGUCCUGUGGUUCUAGAAGCUAGGCCAAAAAUUUAGAAGCUAAACUACUAUUUCAGUCUUCAGCCAUAUGUUUUAGCUGUCCUCAUGAAAUUUCUAGUUGUCAAGGGAUUUGUCAAGGUCUGGCCGUGGCGUAGUCAUCUUCAAGCCCAUAAGAGCUUCUGUUAUUGAAUUUGUGCUUGUUAUGUAGCUUAAAGAUACAAGAACCCUGACAGAGGCCACCCUAGGUGAUUAAGCCAGCCAGUCAUGGAUCUAUUGGGAAAUGAGAGAGGGCUCCUUCCCUAGUUCUCCACCAAUCUCUUAAUUCCUGCUAUGAUGUAAAACUAGUCCUACUUGUAGGAAAAGGCAGGUAGCACAAGGCAAAAGGGCAGCUCAAGAUAGAAGAUGAGAGGGGAGUAUCGUGUCUAGAUCAAGGGAUGUAAUGGUACCUCUCUAUUCUGCAUUGGUUAGACCUCACCUGGAAUAUUGUGUACAGUUCUGGGCACCGCAAUUCAAGAAGGACAUUGGCAA